AUGUCAACCGCCACUACUCACAAGUGGCUCACAAACUGCUACAACAUCCUUGAACGACAUGUUUCAAACAGACAACAACAACAUCAUCAUCAUCAACAAUCUUUGUAUUUUAUCCACAGCCACCGUAGACCAAUGUGUAAGGGAUGCUACCUUUCAAUGAAUGGUUGCACAGAAGGAGAAAAUAGCGAACGAACAAGAGAAUCGGUUAGGACUAUAGAAACACGAAGAUUGGAUAAGGUAUCAUCAGCUGCAAUGGCUAUGUACAGUCUUAAAAUGGCCAUUUCAGAGCUGAAAGAAGAUUCUCCAUUUUGUACAUCAUCUGGGAUAAUGAGAGUGGAAGUUCCUAUUGAAGAGCAAGUUGAAGCUAUUGAUUGGCUUCAUUCCCAAAGUCAUCUUUUGCUUCCUAGAUGCUAUUUCUCUGGCAGGGAACAGAAAUCUUGCAGUGGAAAGUUGAUCAGUGUUGCUGGUGUUGGUUCUGCCGUUUUCUUUUCUCAGCCACAGGCUUUUUCCUAUUGGGAUUGGAUAUCAAUAAGGAGAUUUCUUUCUGAGAAGUGUCCUUUGAUUCGCGCAUAUGGAGCUAUCCGUUUCAAUGCAAAACCUAAGGUGUCAUCAGAGUGGCUGGACUUUGGCUCUUUCUAUUUCAUGAUUCCUCAGGUUGAAUUUAAUGAGCUUGAAGGAGGAUCAAUGCUUACCACUACUAUUGCUUGGGAUAACGCUCUUUCUUGGUCAUGGGAAAACGCUAUCGCAGAACUUCAAGAAACACUUUGCAAUAUUUCUUCUUCCAUUGUGAAGUUUCCUAAGCAAGCUCCUCCGACAUUGAUAUUAAGCAGCCAUAACAUUCCUAGUAAAGUAGAUUGGGAUCUUGGUGUUAAUAGAGCUCUGCAGAUGAUAGAGCGAAACGAUUCCUCGCUGACCAAGGUGGUGCUAGCUCGGAGCACUAGAGUAGUGCCGACUACUAAUAUUGAUCCUCUAACGUGGUUAGCUUGCUUAAAGGGUGAAGGUGAAAAUGCUUACCAGUUUGUCAUUCAGCCGCCUAAUGCACCGGCGUUUAUAGGAAACACACCAGAGCAACUAUUUCACAGAAAACGGCUUCAUAUUACUAGUGAGGCUUUGGCCGGAACCCGUGCUAGAGGAUCGUCACUAGCACUAGACCAUCAAAUUGAACUUGACCUACUUACCAGUCCGAAGGACGACAAUGAAUUUACUAUAGUAAGAGAAUCCAUAAUAAGAAAAUUGGAGGCAGUCUGCGAAAAGGUUAUAAUCAAGCCAAAGAAAGUGAUCAGGAAACUACCGAGGAUCCAACAUUUAUUUGCUCGACUAACUGGCAGGUUAAGAAGCGAAGAGGAUGAGUUUGAAAUUUUGUCAUCGCUCCACCCAAGUCCUGCGGUUUGUGGAUUUCCAACAGAAGAGGCACAGCUUUUAAUUGCAGAAACAGAAGUGUUUGAUCGAGGAAUGUAUGCUGGACCGGUUGGUUGGUUUGGAGGAGGAGAAAGCGAGUUUGCCGUUGGCAUAAGGUCAGCAUUGGUGGAAAAGGAGUUAGGUGCUUUGAUAUAUGCUGGAACAGGAAUAGUGGAAGGAAGCAAUCCAUAUUUGGAGUGGGACGAGUUGGAACUCAAGACAUCUCAAUUUACUAAGUUGCUCAAGCUGGAUUUGCCUCUAAGAGAAAAAGUAGACUUGUCAUUUAAGUGA